CCCCUGAACCUGCUGAUGUAGGUGAACGCACCGCAUCGUAUCUUUAAGAUGUCUUCCCCGUCUACAUUCCCCCGUCCAACUCCGUCGAGCAACGCCUCUUGUUUGCUUUUUGUGGGAUCGGAUUGCUCGAGAGGGAGAGGGAGAGGGAGAGAGAGUGAGAGAUGGAGAGCAAGAUGAGGAAGGGACGGGCGCGGCCGAUUAGGGCGGUGGUGGGAUGGGUGAGGCGGCGAUCGCCCAAGGUGAAGGCCUCUCUCUCCGUCAUCGCCGGCAUGGCGGCGCUCGUCUUCCUUCGCUUCAUCGUCCACGACCACGACAAGCUCUUCGUCAUCGCCGAGGCCGCACACGCCCUCGGCAUCUCCGUCCUCAUCUAUAAGCUCAUCAAGGAGCGGACUUGCGCCGGACUUUCGCUUAAGACUCAAUAUUUGACAGCUUUGUUUUUAGCUGUCAGACUGUACUGCAGCUUUGUCAUGGAAUAUGACAUACACACAGUGCUAGAUUGCACUACGCUUGCAACUACUCUUUGGGUUAUCUACAUGAUUCGGUUUAGAUUAAAGUCAAGUUACAUGAAAGAGAAGGACAACUUUGCAAUUUAUUAUGUGGUUUUGCCUUGUGCUAUAUUGGCCUUUACAGUUCAUCCUUCAACAACACAUAAUCUUAUUGAUAGGAUUUCUUGGGCCUUUUGCGUUUAUCUGGAAGCUGUUUCUGUGUUGCCACAAUUACGUCUGAUGCAAAACACAAAGAUUGUUGAGCCAUUCACCGCUCACUAUGUAUUUGCACUGGGGGUUUCAAGAUUUCUGAGCUGUGCACACUGGGUCCUUCAGGUCUUGGAUACUCGUGGACGUCUAUUGACUGCUUUGGGCCAUGGGUUGUGGCCGCCCCUGGUCCUUCUUGCUGAAAUUGUUCAAACCUUUAUCCUGGCAGAUUUUUGUUAUUAUUAUGUGAAGAGUGUUGUUGGUGGACAACUGGUGCUAAGGCUUCCUUCUGGUGUAGUGUGAUCUUCUGCUUAACUUUCUAUCUUAUACCAAACCAAUUGAAAUUCUCUUCAUCUUUCUUCAGACCUGUAGCUCUUGUGGCUGAUUUGUGUUACAAGUUCAAGCAGUUAUGUCAAAAUUUACCGAGAUUUAGAGACACUGAAUUUGGCAGAAAUAAUUUCUUAUC